GGGGAUAUAUGAUCAUAAUAUAACAGCUGUGAAAUAAAUGUCUCUUUAAAACAAUGGACCGAGAACUGAAUGAGGAGGAACUGCAGGACUUGUAUGCCUGGAUAGAUAAAAUACCCCUUUCGCGGCCCAAAAGACACAUCACACGGGACUUCAGCGAUGGAGUGAUGGCUGCUGAGGUUGUGAAAUAUUAUUUCCCCAAAUUUGUUGAUUUGCACAACUAUGUUCCUGCAAAUGGUACACCACAGAAGCUCAGCAACUGGGAUCUUCUAAACAGGAAGGUGUUUUCCAAGCUGAACUUUCAGGUGACGGAGGAUACAGUGAACAAAAUUGUACUGAACACCCCAGGAGCCAUAGAGCCUGUUCUGAGCAUCCUCAAGAAGAAGAUUGAACGAAGACCAGAGCAGCCAAACAAUACACUUGAUUUGGAGUAUUAUGACACCCAGAAUCAUGAGAAAAUCUAUGAGGAAACAUUUCUCAAUGAAGUUAAAGUACAAACAGAACAGGGAAAGAAAACAGAAGAAAAGGGGAAACAGAAAAAGAGCAAAGAGCAGCUAAAGGUGAAUUUGAAUGCCUUGGACAGCGAUGUGCGACAAAUGGUGAAAGAGAAGGACAAAGAGGUGUUGUCUUUAAGGGAGACUGUGGAGAUUCUGCAAGUAAAGGUGAGCAAGUUGGAGCAUUUAGUUCGACUGAAAGACUUACGGAUUGAGGAGCUCACACGUCAUCUGGACACAUACAAAGCUAAAGGAAGUAACCCCAAGUAAAAAAGUUCACUUGAGUUUUCAAUCAUUGCUGUAAAAGAAGAGGAACGCAACAGUAAAAAUGCAACAAGAUCUUUUGACAUUUCAUUACACAAAUCUGACAAUAUUAUUUUCUGUCUCAUGACAAUGUUUUAAAAUAGUAAAACAUAUGCAGAAUUACUACAACAUCCUGCUCUAAGAAAUGACAUACUCAUUUCUUGGUCUUUCCUUUCAUGUAAUAAGAUUGACAAAUAUAGGCAGAUUGUCAAUUACCUCACUUGUCACAUCUUAAUGAAGUCAGGGUGAAUGAAACCACAGCUUAUGGGGAAAUUGCACAUCUCUGACGUGUCAGAUCAGGACUCUUGUGACUUGACUUGAGAUAAGGUCUAGGUCCUUUACUUAAGACUGUGUGUCUGUUUCAUCUUUGAAGAAUAACAUAAAGCAGAAAUCCUGCUGUGUUUUAUCAGGAAGUUAGGUUAAUACUGUUUAGCUGCUGCUCCUGGGAUUUUUUUGCUGCUCCUGGGAAUCUUUUGGUUUGGAAUUAUCCAGUUGUCACAAUCGGAUAUAAAUAAAGA